UGCGCGUCGGCGGGGCCCGUCACUUCCUGGCCCUGUAGCCGGCGGCAGCGAGGCGAGAGCCGGGGCCGGGGGCGGCGGGGCCCGCAGGCUACCCGGCGCCCGCCACCAACAUGCCCUUUGAUUUCAGGAGGUUUGACAUCUACAGGAAGGUGCCAAAAGACCUUACACAGCCAACCUACACGGGGGCUAUUAUCUCUGUCUGCUGCUGUCUCUUCAUACUCUUUCUCUUCCUGUCUGAGCUCACCGGAUUCAUAGCCACUGAAAUAGUUAAUGAGCUCUAUGUGGAUGACCCAGACAAAGACAGUGGAGGUAAAAUAGAAGUGAAUCUGAACAUCAGUUUGCCAAACCUGCACUGUGAAUUGGUUGGACUUGACAUCCAAGAUGAAAUGGGAAGGCAUGAAGUGGGUCAUAUUGAUAACUCAAUGAAGAUACCUCUCAAUAAUGGGGAUGGCUGCAGGUUUGAGGGCCAUUUCAGCAUCAACAAGGUCCCUGGUAACUUUCACGUGUCAACGCACAGUGCCACUGCGCAGCCUCAGAAUCCUGACAUGACUCAUGUCAUCCACAAGCUCUCAUUUGGGGACAAGUUACAGGUCCAUAAUGUUCAUGGAGCAUUCAAUGCCUUGGAGGGAGCAGACAAACUCAGCUCAAAUCCUCUUGCAUCUCAUGAUUACAUACUGAAGAUUGUCCCGACAGUGUAUGAAGACAUGAGCGGCAAACAGCGAUACUCGUACCAGUAUACUGUAGCAAAUAAGGAGUAUGUAGCCUACAGUCACACUGGCCGCAUUAUCCCAGCUAUCUGGUUUCGCUACGAUUUGAGCCCCAUCACAGUGAAAUACACAGAGAGGCGACAGCCUUUGUACAGGUUUAUCACAUCGAUAUGUGCCAUCAUUGGAGGAACAUUUACUGUAGCUGGGAUCCUUGACUCCUGCAUUUUCACAGCAUCAGAGGCCUGGAAGAAGAUCCAGCUGGGGAAAAUGCAGUAGCAGUGAUACUCCACCCUAGUCUUCAAGGACAGGAGCGAAGAUUGAGAAAUCUACCACUACCUGUUUUUGUCUUUAUUUUCUAUUUGAUUGAAUCAGUAAGUUUUCCUCUAAUCAGGCUGUUCAGUGAAGAUGUCUUCAACAAAUCAAGGGAAUCUUCAUGCAUUUCAGAGCUCUCAGAGUGAAAAAUCGGUGGAAUCAGGGUGUGGAUUUCAAUUCUCUUCCCCUAGAGAGCGAGGUUGAAAUGUCAUACAUGAAAUUCACCAUGAAAUCUAAGUGAGGAUGACAGUCUGUUCUCUGGGAAGUUCCUAUGGCAGUGUACAAACUAGGUAGUAGAUUGCAAAGAGUUGAACUGUCUUGUGGCACUUUUUUGGAAUUCUGUGGGAUUUGCAUGAUUAGACAAUCGAUUUUUGUAUAAGGCAAAAGUAUACAUUAGGAAGGAAUUACACCCUUGGUGCCAAAAAGGUGAUGUGUCUGUUGGUGAGGAAUGGGAAGUGUUAGUCCCCAUAGCAAAUUUUAGAGACAGAGGGCAGAAAUAACAUCAAGAAAUGUUUUGUGCUUUUAUUGAAAGCUCUUUUGUUUAGAUAUGACCUUUCUAAUGAAAUGAGCAUAUGAGAAGAGGAAGCCUUCCCCCACCUACCUUUUCCUGGGUAAUUUGUGAUCCAGGCAGUGGAGGGCCUUUCCUUUUCUCUGGAUGUAAAAGUGGUUUCAUUUCUUCCCAGAAACUGAAUAUCCAGUCUUGUGUUUACAGGUGGCAUGAAGUAAAAACCAAACUGAGCAACACAGUUUUAUGUGGCCUUUGCUUUGAAAGGGAAUAGUUGUCUUUACAGCAUUAGCUUUUAUUCUUUCUUAUGUUUUUUAAACACAGACCACCCAACAGUCUGGAUUCUGCACUUCUGAUUUAUUAUUAUUGUUGUUGUUGUUGUUAUUUUGAAAAGUGUGUUCAAAAAAAUGCUGCAGUCUUCUGGGUGGAGGAGCACAGCCUACAAUCUUGCUUUGUGUGUGUAGAUCAGAUACACCUGUCAACACACAGGGAGUCUGUCAUUUCAGGAUUUAAGGUGCCUCCCUUUUCCUUUAAAAUUCAGCCAGGCAUCUUCUUUGAGCCCUAGACUGACACUGUUCACCCACAGGUACACCAAUUGCAGGGCAGGCAUUCCCACAAGCUGGCCUCAGCUAGUUGUUGCUUAGUUUUACUCCUUAAAAUGGUACCUGAGCUUCCAUGCCCAUUCAUUCAAGCCUUCUCUUCUGGAGCCUCCAGUGAAUGGAGGUGUGAGAGGAAAAACCACUGCCAGGUGGGGCUUGCAUGUAGUGGUAGCCAUGAGUUCAGUAAAAUUAGACCCAUGCCAACCAGGACAUUUUCCAUAGCCUCUUAAAUGUUCCUUAAGUAGUAACAGUCUCUGCAUGCUUUGUAAAUGUCUGAGCUGAGGAUACAAAAAUUUUGAGUGUUUCAGGAUGGAUAAAAGUCAUGAGAAUACAAAUCUUUAACUCAAUGCUGUAAAAUCUUAAGAUGGCUGUAGGAUUUCUCUUGGAUAAUAUCUACUGCCCACUGCCCUUUCCUGGAGGCAAAAGUAUCCGAGCCUUAUGAUGUAAUAAUAUGAAUCUUUGCAUAUUCAGUGUUAAUGCUAAAGUCAGAUACAUUUCAAAAACUAUUCCUCAUACAUGUCUGUUGAAAUUGUCUCAUUGCUUUGGAAGUAGAGAAGGUAGCCAGUUUUAUCCAGACAUCAGAAAACCAGAAGCCAACCCUCCUUCCCUUGCCGUCCUCUGUCCCGCAGUGACUUCGGACAAAUUACAGCAUUGGAAUUCUUCCCUGUUCUUACUAUGGACUGAUUGCUGUAACUUUAGGUGUAAACUGGAUUGUGUACCUUCCUGUAUCUGUUAAUGUAUGGAUAGAUUUUAUACAUAUUUUUUUUUUCCAUUUACAAAAAUCAACUUGAAAAUGAGAUGCUUGUCUUCAUUUCGGUGCGUGCGUCCGUGUGCCCGCCAGCGGUACCCGCCGGAUGGCGGCGGUGCCCGAGAGGAGCUGGGAUUUUCCAUUGCAAUUGCUUCUCUUGCUAGCUGGAGGAUUUCCUCUAAUCCACUGUGACCAGCUUGAAGCUUAUGGCAAAAAUGUCCUACUUUUUCCUCUUGAAUUUUUUUGCAUCUUAGCUCACAGCUUGUGAACCCAGUGGAUUUAGAAGGAUGUGAUUUUUAGUACUGUCCCAGCGCGUGCUUCUCCUGAGCUGUGCAAGAGAAGAUCUUUGCAGCAGGGGUGGAUUUGUGCUGUUAGUUUUCUGAAGUCUCUUCCCUCCUAUGGUUUCUUCGACACAAACGAGCAAAGCCGAUUGGAGAUUCCUGUUUGUCUCUGGUGCGUUAUUUCUGCCCUUCUCCCCAUCCUCUGUCCGAAUUCGGUGCUGCCUUCUCUGCAGUCCAGGCCAGUUCUCUAACCCAGACUAGUGAAAUUGUUUGGCUCUUUUUGGAAAUAGCAGAUGCAUACUUCAGUGUGCCUGCUUUCUCUGCCAAAAUGUCCACUGCAAUAACCUAAUAAAUCACUUUUUUCACUAGAUGUGGAAACCAGAUUGUACUCAUGUUCUGGCAAAACUCCCCCAAAGAAACAGUCCACGCUUCAGUCCCCUAAACCAGGUGUAAGCAUUUAAGUACUGCCAAGCCAAGGCUACCUUCUGGGUCUGCUGGAAGUUGUGGUGAGCUUGUCCUUCAUACGUGGCUGGCUUGGGUCAUGUAAGGAUGCUGCCUCAUGUUUACAGAAGAAUCUGCUCUUCAUCUCCCCAAAUGUGAAAGCGAGGUAGUUACUGUCACAGCAGUCCUGCCCCGUGCAUACGUGUCUCAUUAGAUGCCAGUUUCAUUUUCAAACACUUCCUAGAGACAAAAUUAGAUUAGUUAUGCUUUUAAACACCAAUGCAACCAAUUUCAAGUCAUAGUGGGAGGAAAACGAUCGCUUGUAGAUGUUGAUCUGGUUUUCCUGACUUUCAAGGCAGUAUUUUGCCAGAAGUAUUUGUGGUUUUCCAAGAAAGAUAGCCCUAUAGGAAGUGAAGUAUUUAGAACUUGUAUAUACUCCAGUUCAAGUAAGUCCCUCUAAAGCUAUGCUCCAUCUUACAGCAAGACCUUGUGGCAUAAAAUUGUUAAUGUUUUUAGCUCUAGGGAAGUCCAUGUUUAGGUUUAUUCUAGGCAGUGUGUGGCCCUGCUGAAGGUUGGUUUUUGAGGGGAAAAAAAAAAGUAAUUGAAAUGGGGUAAGGAGCAGUGGCAAGACAUGCAUUUGUGAAUGUUUGACCUGCUUUAUCAAAUACUUGCAUUCAGCUGCUGCUCUGUAAGAAGUAGAAUCUGCAGUGUGGAUGGUAAUGUCUGUAUUAAUUUCUGAAUAUUUCUCAUUUAAAGUUGUUGGGGUUGUGUU